GAAUUUGCUGACAGUCCCUUGCCAGGUAGGGGCUGGCUUCACCAGGCCGGCGAGGAGGAGGGCCGGCCCGCAGUCUCCUCCCAGAGCCUCGGAGGAGCCUUCGUCUUGGACAGGAAUCAAGCAGGGAUACGGCUGGGCCACUCAGAAGCACCUAAGGACUGAUCAAAAAGACAGAGGGCCAGCGACAGCAAGCUGCCUGGGCCCCAAACUUGACCUGCUGCUCCAGCAGCUGCACAGCUAAGUGGAGCCUGCAGACUUGACUUUGACCCUCUCAGGAGAACUGACUCAGGGAGCCUCCCAGGAUGUCUGUCUCACCAAACAACCUGAAUUUGGUGGAAAAGGCACCAAAUGUAUCGGCAAGGGACUGCUUCCAAUCUCGGAGCACCGUCCUGCAGGGGCAGCCCUUUGGAGGGGUCCCCACCGUGCUGUUCCUUAACGUCAUCUUGUGGGUGCUCAUCAUUCUGGUUUACUCCUUCCUCCGGAAAGCUGCGUGGGACUAUGGGCGCCUGGGUCUGCUGAUCCACAAUGACAGCCUGACCUCGCUGAUCUACGGGGAGCAGAGCGAGAAGACGUCUCCCUCGGAUAUUUCCCUGGAGAUGGAGCACAAGGACAAGCACUUCUAUUCCUGGUUCUUCAACACCAUCACUAUGAAGAAUGAAGAUCUGAUUAGCAAGUGUGGAGACGAUGCCCGCAUCUACCUCAUGUUCCAGUACCAUCUCAUCAUCUUUUUGCUCAUCAUCUGCAUCCCCUCCUUGGGCAUCAUUUUGCCCAUCAACUACACUGGAACGGUUCUGGACUGGAAUAGUCACUUUGGCCGGACCACCAUCGUGAAUGUCUCCACAGAGAGUAAGAUCCUGUGGCUGCACAGCCUCUUCUCUUUCUUGUACUUCAUCACCAGCUUCCUCUUCAUGGCUCAUCACUGUUUAGGGUUUGUGCCCAAGAAGAGCUACAAGGUCACAAGGACACUGAUGAUCACCUAUGUCCCCACGGACAUCCAAGACCCAGAAGUCAUCAUUAAGCAUUUUCACGAGGCCUAUCCAGGAUGUGUAGUGACCAGAGUCCACUUCUGCUACGACAUCAGGAACCUGGUCGACUUGGAUGAUCAGAGGCGCCAUGCAAUGCGGGGCCGGCUCUACUACACUGCCAAGGCCAAGAAGACUGGGAAGGUGAUGGUCAAGGUCCACCCCUGCUCCCGCCUGUGCUUCUGCAAGUGCUGGACCUGCUUCAAAGAGGUAGAUGCGGAGCAAUAUUACAGUGAGCUGGAGGAGCAGCUGACAGAUGAGUUCAACGCCGAGCUCAACCGCGUUCGGCUGAAGCGUCUGGACCUGAUCUUUGUCACCUUCCAGGACUCCAGGAUGACAAAGCACAUCCAGGAGGAUUACAAGUACAUCCAGUGUGGUGUGCCCCCCCAGCAGUCCUCAGUGACCACCGUCGUCAAAUCCUACCACUGGAGGGUUGCCCAUGCCCCACACCCCAAAGACAUUAUUUGGAAACACCUGUCCAUCCGUCGCUUCCACUGGUGGGCCCGCUUCAUCACGAUCAACACCUUCCUCUUCUUCCUUUUCUUCUUCCUCACCACACCCGCCAUCAUCAUCAGCACUAUUGACAUGUACAAUGUCACCCGCCCCAUCGAGAACCUGCAGAGCCCAGUCGUGACGCAGUUCUUCCCCUCCCUGUUGCUCUGGGCCUUCACAGUGAUAAUGCCUCUGAUUGUCUACCUCUCCGCCUUCCUCGAGGCCCACUGGACCAGAUCAAGUCAGAAUCUGAUCAUAGUUCACAAGUGCUACGUCUUUCUUGUGUUCAUGGUGGUCAUUCUGCCAUCUAUGGGACUGACCAGUUUGGAUGUCUUUUUCCGCUGGCUCUUUGACAUCUACUAUCUGGACCAGGCGUCCAUCAGAUUUGAGUGUGUGUUCCUGCCAGACAAUGGCGCCUUCUUUGUCAACUACGUGAUCACGGCAGCUUUGCUUGGCACAGGCAUGGAGCUGUUGCGCCUGGGAUCACUAUUCCUGUACACCACCCGCCUCUUCUUCUCCAGAUCAGAGCCAGAGAGAGUCCACAUCAGAAAGAACCAGGCCAUUGACUUUCAGUAUGGGCGAGAGUACGCGUGGAUGCUGAAUGUCUUCAGCGUGGUGAUGGCGUACAGUGUCACCUGCCCUAUCAUUGUCCCUUUUGGGCUGCUCUACUUGUGCAUGAAGCACGUCACGGACCGCUAUAACAUGUACUACUCCUACACACCCGCCAAACUCAACGAGCAGAUCCACAUGGCUGCUGUCUACCAGGCCAUCUUCGCACCACUCCUGGGGCUGUUCUGGAUGCUCUUCUUCUCCAUCCUACGGUUAGGUUCGCUGCACGCCAUCACCUUCUUUUCCCUUUCCACCCUUAUCGUUUCGAUUAUAAUCGCCUUCGUUGGCACUUUUCUGGGGAAGCUUCGGAGGGUAUCUGACUAUGAGCCCGAGGAGGAGAUGGAGACGGUGUUUGACAUGGAGCCAAGCAGCACCUCCUCCACGCCCACCUCACUUCUGUACGUGGCCACUGUGCUGCAGGAGCCAGAGAUGAACCUGACGCCAGCCUCCUCCCCUGCCCGGCACACCUACGGCACCAUGAACAGAGAGCUGGAAGAGGGAGAAGAGGAGCGCGGCACGGGGGGCUUUGAGAGUGAGCUGCACUCAGCCCAGUUCCAGGAAGGGCUGGAACUGGAGGGCCAGAGCCAGUACCACUGACCAGCGCCCAAGGCCUCCACCCGGCGACUCCAGCCGGGAGUGGCAGCCAGAGGAGGCCCCCGCAGGGGGAAGAGGAGGGCGGCCAAAACGUCCUGCAGACCGUGGGGGGGCCCCAAGGGAGACAUCUGCCACCCUGGCUAUCAACUGCACGGAGACCCCGACCUGCUGAUCCACUAGAGCAGGAGGUGCCGGGCAGUACAGAGGCACCCGGCAUGGGAUGGAGGAUGUAGCCAAGCACCAUGCCUUGGGAGAGGUGGCUGAUGCCCUGGGCACAGAUACCGAAGGCUGGGGGACCCUCCUGGGGUAAGGAUGGAGAAGGUGUGUGUAAAGGAAGGGACAGAAGCCCACCAAAGACUGUCUGGGGUCUUUGCCACCCUUCCACAGCUGCCCUGCCAAGGACCUGCCGCUCCCCUGCCCCGCCCCACCCCUCCCCUGCAGUCUGAGGAAGCAAAGGUAUGUGAGCUGGGCCUCGUGGACAAGACGUGACCACCUCAUCUGGUUUCCCUACAUGGGGAUCUAGAAAGGGGAAGUUCCUGCUCUCACCAGAGCCAGGGGCAGCUGAGACCAGAGACCUGAGGGGAGGUGGCUGAGUCCCUUCCUGUUGCUCUGCGCCUUGUCCGAUGUCCCCAGGAGCAGCAGGGUGGAGACCCUUCUUCUUCCUAUUAUUGCAAGGGUAGCUCGGGCAUGGCACUCGGGGCUUAUUAAAUGGGACCUGUGUGCGUUUUGAUGAAGGCGACCUCGGCUGGUUACUGUAAGGUGGGAGGGGCAAGGGCAGAAUUCAUGGAGGCAGUUCUUCUCCCAAAAUGCUAGGCGAUGGGAAACCAUAUACACCUCUCCAAGCACCAGGCCUAAUGUAAAGAUCCCCAAGUUCAAGGUGUGGCCACUGAGAGCUGUUCCUGCCUCAUACCCACCUGAGGGUCUGGGGCCCCAGCAUGGCCAGGGUGGGUGGUAGCUCAGUGUAAGAAGCCCAUGCUUCAAACUGAAGGCACUGGCCAUUCCUUCACCUCCAAGUAGGACCCAUCCUGUCCUCUCAGGGCCACCCUGAACCCUGGACUAAAGACCACUCAGGUGGCCUCCAGUGUGGUCCUGGCCCAGACACUGUGUUGCCUUGCCGGUGACUGGGGGUAGGGACUGUCCUCCCCAGAGAAGUCCCUUCUGGUGGAGAAAGGCUGCUGCCCAGGGCUGCUACCAUCCCACACCUGGAAGAGCCAAAUCUUGAGCAGGUACAAUGCUGGUGACACCCAGCACCUUUGCUAAAGGCAGGCGGGUGCAUGCCUCUGGGCAUCGGCCACAUCAGAACCACCCGGGAGGCCAGCAGGGGAGGACAUGGAGAAGGGCUGGCUGGGGCCUCAGUGGACAAGAAUGAGCCAAUCAGAUGGGGUCUGUGUGCUCUCUCCUGAGCUCCUGUCCACAAAGGUCUGGAUCCUUGCCACCAACCUGCUGAAAAUGGGCCCCAGGCUCACCUCACCCGGGUGUUUCCCACCGGGUUCCAGGCAUGUGGGUGUCCCUGAACACAGAUCACCUGGGCCUCAUCCCUGCUCCGCCUUUCCCACAUCUCGGACCCAAAAGCUCCAGGCUUCACCACAGGAGUAAUAGCACUCAAGAGGCAAACACUGUCGUACCCCCAGGGUAUGUUCCCCAGGGAGCAGUCCAGAGACCUUGAGUCUCUCUCCCUGUCUGGCUAGGAAUAAGGAGGAAAGGUACCCAGCCAGUCCCUCACAAACCCAGGCCCUAGCAUUUCACCAGCCAGCAAGGGGAAGGGUCCUUUCCAGAGCAGAGCGGUCAGGGCCCCCACAGGGAGCUCUGGCUGCCAUGGGGAGGCGGCCGGCUCCAGACGUUGCCUGACCCCCAGACCGUGUACCUAGCGAGGGGGGAGUCCUGCCAGAAGCCAGCCUGUGGGUGCUCCGUCACUGGGCACCCCUUGCUGGCACCUGUCCGCAGGCUCCGCAGCCCCUGCUGGGCUGUUCUGCUGCUCCCACCACUCUCCCUGCUCGCUACUCCCCCUGCCCACUGGGCAGACUUCAGAAGCUGCAUGUGGAUAGGGUCCCAGCAGAUUGAUUACAUGGCAGCAUGGCUGGGGGGCCUCGCCCUCUGAAUUUGGGUCAAGUGUAGUCUGGUUCUGAAAAAAAGUAGUGCAAAUGUUGGGAAAGUUCCAGAGUCCAUUCCCUUCUCUACUCUUCCUAGAGACCCAGGACAACCGGCAAGGCCCCCCACCCCCAACAGCUGCUUGACUUCCCAGUCAUGUGUGCUGGGCGUGAGCAUGCUUCUGCUCCUCCCCAGGCAGCUUCCACCAUCCCACCCUACCGUCAGCUCCUGCCAGCCACCCCUCCCCUACCUGUCCCCUGAGGCACCCCCUCUCAGACUUGGUUCUUUCUGGAGGGAGCUGCCUCAAGGGGUAACCUGGUAUUGCCUAGGGCCUCCAGGAAGUACCCCACUGGUCCUGGAGCAGCUCCAUGCCUGCCUGCCUCUCCCUCAGACGCUUCUGGAAGCAAAGUGCCUAUCAGCAGCAUUACAUCCUUUGGGGACCCCAGUGGGGCAUGUGGACUUCCCCUGGCUAUGACCACUAAAGGAAUGUGCCAGAAUGCCGAACCUUCUUGUUAUUAAUGCUGUGACAGUGCCUUGAAUAAACAAGUCCUCCCAACUUCCGCGGCUUGUGCCUCUGGACCAGCCCAGCAAGACCUUCCUUGUACCUGCGAAAAGCCAGAGCUGCUAAGGAGUGAAAGUCCCCGAGGCCUCCAGGCUGGAGCACUGCACUUUGCUUCAUGGCUUUAGGCACUGGGGCCAGAGCUGCCCCUUCUGGGAUCCCCUGACCCCUGAGGCCUUCCCUGUCCCCAUUUUCACACAGGAAGGCCUGGCAAGUACUGCCUGGUUUCCCUGGAGAGACAGGAAGUGGAUCUGUCAUUUCUGCUGCAGAUGCUCUGAGAGCCAGCCCCCUGAGCAGGAAGGGAGAAUGUUCUGGUCUGUGAGCUACCCAGGACGUCACUGGGGCAGGCCCUCUGGGCAGCAGAAGCCUCAGGGUGAGUGCUGGGCCCGACUGCUGUUGACCAGCCUCACUGCUGGACUGGAAAAGACAAAGAUAUCAGGUGGAAAUGCCCCCAGAAGAGGCAGCAGACAGGGCUCGGGUCUGUACCAGCCUCAGCCAGCAGCACGAAAGCAGGGGAGGCUGAGGAGAGAUUGGGCAUCAGGGAGGUAUGUGGGGCUGCCAGGCCAGGCCUGCAGAGGGUAAGAAACAUCCUCUACCAAAGGCUAGUUGUGCCUGUCUUGCACCACGGCGAGGAAGAGAGAACCUCCGUGACCUGGAGGACGUGUGUCCCGGCCCAGGAGACCAGGCAUCUGGCCUGCCUCUGGCCAGCUGGUCACGGGGCUGGCCACUUCACGCAGAAAGUAGGGGGCAGGAGGACAUGAGUUGGCCACCCUGCCCUAUUACUGAGUAGGGCAGAUUGACCGGCAACCGCGUUAUGGAGGAAGGCUGCCUCCCACGCUGGUUCCCCCUGGGGACAGAGAACAAUCUUAGGGGCAGGCUGCCCAAGGGCUGCUUCCCAGAGCCCUUGCGGGACACUGUCCUCAAGCUGUCAUAGUCCAUCGGUUCAGAGACCCCCAUGACAUGAACCCGGGCAUGGGGGCAGGGCCCAUCCCCCAGAGCCUUCUCCCCUCAAAGCAGUUACCUUCCAAGUUGAAUCGGAUGAAAUCCGCAAGGGCUGCUUGAGAGAGAGAGAAAUGUGAAGACCACACUGACUGGGUGGUUACUGGGGCUGUGACCCUGCUGCCUGGGAGCAGGGUGGACUGGUGGCUGCUUUAGGGACAGGGGCCUUUUCCAAGGAUCUACAAACCCCUGCCAUAAAAGUUGCCCCUCAGGAUGUCCCCCCUAGAUGUGAUCAGCUAGGGUGCCCAGAUCACAGGCCCUGGGCCAUUCCUUGGCUCAGCAGACCUUUCCAGGAACUUUUGCUCAGAGACAGACAGACAUAGAGAAGAUGAAAGGGUGGGCCACAGCCCCACACAUGCGAAGUCUUGAAGGAAGGAUGGGGUCGGUCAAUCCUCUCUGUACCCAGCAGACCAGGACAACUGGAAACCUGGAGGGUCUGUAUACCCGGGCUCAGAGUUUCCUAGGAGAUUUUGAACAAUCCCAAUGUCUAGGCCCCAUCCCUGAACAAACUGAGUAUCUGGGGUGGGGCCCAGGCACCCCUAUUUUACACAGAGCCCCAGGCGACUCUGGUGUCAGGGAGGGUUGAGCAGGCGAGUCGGUGUGAGGAAGCAGUCCCAGGCUCACGCCCCUGGGUUGCAGAAAGCAGCCGGCCCCAGAGCCUCACGCUGCCUGCCCCUCGGAGUGUGUGGCCGGCAGCCGGGAAAUAAUUACAAACCACAGGCUGGGAAACCUCUCCUUCCGCCUCACAUUGCUUCCCCAGGGAGUUCAGAUAUCAGGCGCCAGUAGGUAAUCAACAGGUCCAAACACUUGCCUCCCUGCUUAUAAGGGGUCAAUACUUAGCACCACACAACCUGUAUUGUAAUCAUCUCGUUUUGCAUUAGUGCUACCGUCUGGGCUGGAGAGACACACACCAAGCCUCAAGGCCACUUCCCACCACCACAUCUGCUUCAGCAAGGGCUUGAAGAAUCGCCUCUCUCCUCUAAACACACAGCCCCAAAUGGCUUUCAUGUCAGCCUUCCAUUUCGGAUGUGAUACGUUAUAAGUGCAAUAAGCAAAUGUGCCUAGUGGACACCAGGAAGGGACAAGUGCUCUGAAGAAAAAAUGCAGCAGGAUAACAGGGGAGAGUGAGCAACUGGAGAUGGGAAGGUCCAGACAAGCUCUUUGGGCGUGAGUGUGGAGGGGCUGCCUUAGGGGGCACUGGGCAGAUGUGGAGGGCCUGCGGGUCAGGGCCCGAGGGGAGGCUGGGGUGUCUGGAGCAGAGUGAGGCCAGGUCUUCGAGGGCAACAGGGCCUGUGGGGCACAGUCAGGGCUCUGAAUUUUAGUUGAGUGAUACAGGAAGCUACUGGAAGAUUCAGAGCAGCAGAACAUCAUCUCCUGAGGUUUGGAAGCCCCAAGGUGGGGACAAGGUAGAAGCAGAAAACCCUCUAGGGCUCUGCUGGAGGACCCGGGAUAGAGAGCAGGGUGGCUCAGACAAGGUCAAGGCAGUGAUUGUGAGAGGUAGAGACAUUCAGAAUAGGGUCCGAGGAGUCACAGGUGGAUUAGAUGCGGGGUCUGAGAGCAAGGAAGCAAGGACGAUUCCCAGGUCUGCGGCCUGAACGGCAGGGUAAGGUGGUUUACCGAGGCAGAGGACGCUGGAAAGAGCAGGUUGACAGAAAACACCGAGUUCUAUUCUGGUCAUGUUUUAUUUGCACACAGGAAUCUGGAGUAGGGGAGAGUGAGGCUGGAGAUGCCCACUUCAGAGUCAUGAGCAUCUGGAUGGUGUUUAAAGCCUGGGCCUUGCUGAGACUUACAGGGGAGAAAGUGCAGGUAAGAGGAGAUCCAUAGGAGAUGGGGAGGAGAAUUCACAAGGGAGCCUGAGAAGGAACAGCAGCGGGGAAGGAGGAAAACCAGGAGAGAAGCCAAGGGAAGAACGGGACUCAAAAAGUAAGGAGGGAGCCCCCAGCUCUAACCACGUAAAUAUGGGCAUAGAGGAGUGAGUUCAAGCCGUGUCAAAGAAGCAUCAAACCCAAAUGUUGAACAUGCCAUUAGACACAUGACCUGGUUUCUCUCACAAAGACAUGGGGACAAGGAAGAGGAGCUGGGAGAGAUGGAAAGGUUUAAGAGGCACCACCAGAUACAAUGUGUGGCCCUUGACAGCAUCUUGAACUGCACAAACCAGCUGCAGAAAGACAUCUUUGGGACAUCAGGGAAACUUGCAAAUGGAUGGAGCAUUGGGUGAUAUCGAGAUAUGGUUCAUCUUGGUAGGUAUGUUGAUGGCAUGGGUUAAGAAGUGAAAAAGUAUCAGCCUGAAGUUCACAUGGAAAACUUAACAGGUGAAAGAACAUGCAGUCUUAGGUCCACUUUAAAACUCCCCAGAAACAUAAAAGGGCUGGGGAAAUCUUGAGUUGCUCACCACUGAUUCUGGGUGAAAGGUUCAUGGACAUUCACUAGGCUCUGAUUUGUGUGUGUAUGAACAUUUUUUCCAUAAUAAAAGUUUAAAAAUAUAGGAAGGAGUGAUCAAUUCUUCCAUGUGCUGCUGAGCAGUAAAGCAAGACGAGGACUAAGGCACGACCCCUGAAUUUGGCAGGAUAGGGGGGCUGGUGGCCUUGAUGGUAACAGAUUAGGGG